GGGGACAGAUCCGUCGCCACGCGCGGACAUACAAGACGCCAGCUCCAGUCCCGUUGGCGUGGUUUUUCUUCCAUCUAUCCUGUUUGCAAGCCCUGGUCCGCUGAGGCCUCUGUGGGAGAAGCCGGGAUGAGCGACGUCCGUUCCACCCUGCCAGCACCCCUGCAGGCCCAGCUCAACGUCGAGAUAGCCCUGUUCGAAACGGUGAGCGCACGGGCCACACAUAGAGAGGCCAGCCACCUGCAGGGAGAGGCAGAGAGAGAGAGGCACCGAGUGACUCAUGGCUGGAUGCGCCGACACGCGUCACACGACGGGGUCAGUACAGAUGGAUGCACUCGUGGCUCUUUGUGUUGUGUGUCCGGGGCUGGGAUGGGUGUGGGUGCGUGAGUCAGAAUGGCGGCAAGACUCUGCCUCACCGGCUGUGGGCCAAGUGCUUGGACUUCCUGGAGUUUGAGGACCUCGUCAGAGCGGUGGGCAGGGCAGGGCAGGCGGGAUGCACUCGACCAGAGAAUGGGCAGCGUCAUGUGAUGUGGAUGAAUGAACUGAUUGGUUCAUGUGUGAACACAGGCAAGAUCUAGCCUCCUGCUGACGUAUGCCGGUAGGUGUGUUUGUGAAACGACAGACAAAUGGCUGGCUGGCUGGCUGGCUGGCUGGUGCGGUUUGUCCGUCCAUGGCAUGAUUGACCUUCCUGUUUGUUGUGUUUGUGUGUCAAUGCAGUGUGGGACGCCAAGGGCGGUGCCUACUCAUCUGCCGUCCUGUGGCUCAACAAACUCAAAGACAAUCCGUCAAGGCUGCCAUUCACCACACUCGCCAUCGCCGUAAGAUAUACAACGCGCGUAUUGUACACAUGAGUGCCUUCUCUCGUACCUGGCCUCCGUGUGUGCAGCGUCCCUUGGGUGACGCGACCAGUCCCUCGUCGGCUCUGGCCGUGCCCUCGAUUGCUGUCAAGAGGCCGCCGGAGGAGAUGGGCGGGGCGGUGGACGACGAGACGGCCGCCAAGAAGGCCAAAGGUGGAGAGGCACCCAUGGACAUCGAUAUAGGUACACACACAUCAUCAUUUCACCUGAGUCAUGGAUACCACCCACUUCUCAAUCUGUCCGUGGGUGUGAAGACCGACCUGAUUCGAUGCCCCCACCGCCCUCCAUCCCCGCGGCUGCAGCUGCAGCAGCUGCAGCGGCCGCCGCCUCAUCCAUCCCUUCGCUGUACGGCCCCACGUCCAAGGUGGGUCUGUCGCAGCCCGCCACCCCCCUGGUGCAGCUGCCGGGCGAGGCGCCUUGGUCGCGGGACAACGGUGUGGUGCGGGAGCGGGAGAUACCGUCGCCGCUGACGUCGUUUCGCGUCAACCACAUGGACAACGAGGGGCGGCCCGUCACCGCACUGGGCAUGCGGGACCAUCCUGGGCUUCUCCUCGCAGCAACCAACACAGGUUAGCUCGGUGCUGAUGGAAAGAGAGCAGAGCAGAGCAGAGCCGAGCCGAGCAGCGGUGUGUUGGUGUUAUGGCAGGUGACGUCGUGGCGUUGACGACCCGCAGUGCUCCCAAGGCCAAGGGCGGCCCGACCAAGGGCGGCUCCAAGAAGAAGGCUAGCAACGACGUGGCCAAGUGCCCGCCAGCGAUCAACCUGCGGGUCGAGGGCUACUGGCCCCAGCUGCACCAAGGUCAGCCUGCCAGUCGCAGAUUUGCUGCUUACUGCACUCACUGCCUCUUUCUUUGUAUGGAUAUCUGUCUUUUGUGUUUGAUGCGAUCGAUGCCUAUGUAAUGUCUAGGCCGUGUGAGGAGUCUGCAGGUGCAGUGGGGCAUGGCGGUGACGGGCGGAGACGACGGACGGAUUCGGUGCGUGCGGCAUAUACAGACAGACACACUUAUGGAUGUCCGUUCAUCCGUCCGUCCAUCAAUGGGUUUUUUCUUUCCAUUCCUCCCUCAGGAUAUGGGAGCUGCCCAGCAACGAUGAUGAGUGGUCGUCACUCAAGUGCGUCCCUGCCGAGCAUCCCACCACCAAUGGCGUCAUGGCCUCAUCUCAGGGCGGCGGCAGCACUGGGGUGGGCGGCGACCUCGCUCCACCCAUGCUCAGCAAGCCGCAGCGGUCGCGCACUCUCAUGGUGGCUCACAACAAGAGCGUCUCACAGGCAUACCUGUCAAGGUCAGUCAGUCAAUGUGACUGACACGAUGAUUGACGCACUUGUUCGCCACGCCACAGCGCUGAUGCACUCAUAUCUGGUGUCUGUCUGUCUGUCUGUGUGUGUGUCUCUUCCAGCAGCUCGCGUGUGUAUCUGACGUGGAGUUGGCAGCACGUCCCCAGGAGGGGCAUUUUCGACCUGCACGACCCGCUGCUCGCCGGACACCUGGCCGCUCUCGACGUGCCGACCAGGAAACUGCUGUUCAACACACAGGUGAACAAACAGGAUAAUGCCCCUGCCCAACCCAAACCAGCCGCUAUCGUGCUGUGUCCCGCGUGCAGGCGCACAAGGGUGAGGCGACGUCGAUGGUGGUGUGCGAUGGGCUGGAGGGCGGACCCACCGCGUGGACCGGAGGAAUGGUCAGGAACCGACACACUCUGUGGAUGGAUGGAUGGCUGCACAUGUAUGUGUCUUCCUGCUUGCUUACCCGUGGUGCUUCGUCUAUCGCUGGCUACAGGAUGGUUUGGUCAAGGCCUGGGACGUCCGCGCCGGCACGGAGCCUCAACUCAUCGCCGAAGUCCCUGCUGGUUUGUCUGCUCAUCCACACCACACGCAAGAUACAUCGCGCCGGCCUUCCUGCAAUGUCUGUCUGUCUGUCUGCCUGUCUGACUGUCUGCCUGUCUGCCUGUCUGCCUGUCUGCCUGUCUGCCUGUCUGCCUGUCUGCCUGUCUGCCUGUCUGUUGAUGCAGGUCCCCGUUGGGCGUGUGGCGUGUUGAGCUUCUGCCGUGGGUCUGAGCGGCUCCCAUGGCGGGUCUUCGCAUCCACCGACGACGGCAAAAUACACUGCUUCGAUACCAGAAGAAGUAAGGCCCUUGACACACCGACCACACACACACUGACAUGAACGGCAGCUUCCAUGGAGUGUGAGUGUUCGUGUGUUGUGCCUGGGGCGUCAGGUGGUCGGUGUGAGUUCACUCUCGAGGCGCCCAAGACGGCCCGCAGACGCGUCACGAGGUUCAUUGACUGACACAUUGGUACCAACACACAUGGAACCGUGUGUGUGUAUGCUAUGUCCGACCGGCAGACACAUCCAGGUGCCGAGCAUCCGCAUGAACGGCCCCUUCAUCGCCGCAUCCUCAUACCAGGGGGGACCCCCCUCCAGACCUGUCGCGCCACAGGUCAGCCAGCCACCGGAUCCAUCCAUAUCGUCCUUCGAGUCAACAUGUGUGUGUGGGUCGAUCGAUGUCUCUGGUAAGUUGGAUUUCUGGAACGUGGCCGAGUACGGCAGCCCGAAGCACGUGUGCAGCCAGUCGCUGGGCGAGGGGCGGCCGGGGCCCAUCGAAUGGAGGGGACGAUUCCUGGUCAGCCAACAUGCACACACAACACACAGACGGCUUCAACUGUGUACGCGAUGCGCGUGUUCUUGAUGUGAUGUGGUGUGUGUGUGUGUGCAGUCCAUGUCGAUGCUGAGCCCGCCUCGAUUUGGUGGCGGCCACCUGGUCAGCCACCCCACACAUGACACAUGUGCUCUGCUCGUGCGUGUGUGUCCACGUGUGUGUGUUUGUGUGAAUGUGUGUGUUCAGAUGUUCAUGGAUUUGUCCCAGGGCCCCUCCCCGGCCAUACAGUGACUCAAGAGACAUGCAGAAUUCAUCGAGAUGGUAUGGUAGCAGGCCUGCUAGCUUGUCCCACGGUUGCUUGGUGCUCUUGGCUCGAUGUCUGAGUUCUGCUUAUGCUUAAGGGAGGGAGG